UGUCAAUAAUGACCUCGCGAAAGUUUCAUGAACGCAAACGCAAAACGACAGUAGCCUUGUCAAGUCCCCACUGCCGCCAUGCACCAACUUGCGGAGAUAUGUUUGCCUCGAAAGAAGAAGGUGCACGACUCUUUCCGCUCCAAUACUUUCAGAAUAUUUGACGAGAGCAUACCCGACAGACUUCAACCUGAUAAGGUUUACAAGGACCACAAGUAUGCCACACGAGCUCUGGAAGAAAGCGAACUUCUCAAGACGCACAAUGUACCGCAGCCAUACAAUGCCAAGUUCAUACGAACCAACGUCAGAUUCUUGAACGCACCCGUUCUUCACAUGGAGACGGACAACACAAAGGAUGAACAGUUUAAAUGGUGGGCUCCUGAGCCUGUAAACAGUGAGAGGCCUAAGGCCAGAUACUGUGAGGACACCACCCAAAGGACUGACUACCAGCCCACGGCACCUACCCCAGUCAUUCGAGCCAAAGAGGAGAGGGGCAGAGCCUUCGCUACUGCAAUUAUUCCAACACUGGAUCCAAUAGGGCAGCCCAAGACCCUGCUGGAACACAUCUGUUUCAUGCAACAGUGCGACUCCAGAAAACCACACAACCCGCCGUAUCAAGGAGGGUCACACGGGACCUUCGUCUGGACCGAUAUAAGCAGGCCUUCCAACGGGGCGCAGCAGGUCACACCCGUCGCCCCUGUGGACCGCAAAAAUGAAGCCCCUCCCAGUCGGCACAUCUCUCUUGCUUCCUCCUCCUCCUCUUCAUCAUCCCCUUCAUCAUCCCAUCCAACGUCUUGUCAAGCGCGAGACAGCAGCAGGGGGACAGGCAGGGUGGAGAGUGGUCCUGGGAGACGGGCGGAGGCCGCUGUGGCGACCGGAUCCCUUACACUUCCAAACGCGUUAGUGCUGCGUCCAGCUGGACAGGCGGAAUCUGGGUUAACCAGCGGCAACGGUUCCCACGGGGACACAGCUGUGACCGUUGCCGCGGGGGCCCCCGACCCCGAUGCCAAAAAUCUGUGGAUAGAAGAGGGCGUGAAAGUGGAUAAGCCAGGGUGCGGAGGAGGUGUGCGCCAAAAAAAGAAAUGA